AUGAACGGCUUGGUACGCAAUAAAGUGUUUCAAAUCGAUAUUCAUGAUGGAAGACAAGAGAAGUUAUCUAUAAGUGGCUCUCAAAAGAGAAAACUUCAGGCGAAAAGGAAAGAAGAAAUCAACAAAAUAAGAAAAAUUGAUAAUUUUUUUGAAAAGAAAUACAUAGGUAAUGACGCCUCAGCAUCAACGAGCAACAACAAAAAUAUCGAUGGAGCAGACAUUAGUCGAACUAAUGAAGAUAUUAGUAUUGAUGAGACAGAGUUAUCAGGCACAGUACAAACACAAGAAGUAAUACUCAAACACGAUGCCCAAAAUGUAACUGAUAUACCGAAAACAAAUAUUAUAUCCACAGAUCUCGGAUAUUAUAGAGAUAUAGAUAUUUCCGAUGAUAUAAAAAGACAAAUAGUGAACCUGCCGUCUAAUAGACCAGAAGGACCAUUUCCAAAAGAUCCGUCUCAAGAUUACCGUUCCUUCAAUAAAUCUUAUUAUUUUUCUACAACCAAGUAUGGUCCUGUACCUCGAAAGUGGUUGUGCUAUUCUGGUAUACUAGAUGCAGCAUAUUGCGAACCAUGCUGGCUAUUCUCUACAACAACAAACACAUGGAAAAUUGGGAUCAGGCGCUGGCAGCAUUUAUCGACACGUAUCAGUGAACAUAGCAAGUCUAUUUCUCAUAUUCAGGCAUGUGCAGUAUAUAAUUUAUGGGAAAAAAAUGAAACCAUCGAUAAAAAUUUGGAGAGUGAAAUGCGAUUCCAAACAUCUUUCUGGAAAAUGGCCCUACAACGCCUGUUCAAGAUCACAUUGGUUUUGGCUCAGAAUGCACUACCAUUUCGAGGACACAGAGAAAAUUCUGAUUCAUAUAAUGGUAAUUUUCUAGCACUUGUACACCUACUGGCUGAUUAUGAUGACAUUAUGAAACAAGUAUUGGAGAUGCCAUCUGGUUCAGUUAGAUAUCUGAGUCCAACCAUUCAAAAUGAGCUGAUAUAUUCAUUAUCAAACCAUCUUCUCGAUGAAUUAACGAACAGAAUAAACUCUGUACCUUGUUUUUCCUUGCUACUUGAUACUACUCAAGACAUAUCAAAAACCGACCAACUAAGUGUCACCAUAAGAACUGUGCACUUAGUCAGAGAUGACUCAAUGAUUGUUACUCAUUUCGAAAUAAAGGAAACAUUUUUGGGUUUCUUUCAAAUCACAGAUCAAUCUGCACAGGGUAUGGUGGAUGCAGUGCAGAAAAUAUUGAAGAAAUUAAACAUUCCUAUUGAAAAAUGUUACGGACAAGGGUAUGAUGGAGCCAGCGUCAUGAGCGGAGGGUAUAAAGGUGUUCAGUCCAAAAUCAAGGAGAUUCAGAAAAAUGCAGAAUACAUUCAUUGUGCAAGUCAUAAUCUGAAUUUGGUUUUGAAUGACGCUGUUUCAGGAUGUAUCGAAGUUACCAAUUUCUUUUCCACUUUGCAAAGUAUUUAUACGUUUUUUGGGCUUAGUAUCAAACGCUGGGAUCUUUUGUCAUCAUUCACAGAUGAGUCAGAGAUUGCUCUGAAGAAAUUGAAUCCUACCCGUUGGUCAGGAAGAAUAUCAUCUUUAUUGGCAGUGAAACUUCGAUUUUUUGACAUUCUCAAACGUCUAACCGAUAUUAUACUGAAAUCUAAGAAAAAAGAUGAGAGGGACGAGGCUCUUGUCAUUAGGAAGAAAAUGGAAUCUUUCGAAUUUGUAUUCAUCACAGUUUUUAUGUACAAAAUUUUAUGUUUAACUAACUUUGCAUCGAAAAUGUUGCAAAAAAAUGAUAUUGAUUUAAACAAUGCCGUUUCAGUUCUGGAAGCUGUAAAAAAUAAGAUACUCAAAUUGAGAGAAUCAUAUGAGGAAAUCAAAUUGGAAGCUUCGGGAUUGGCUAGAAAGUGGAAUAUAGACCCAAUUUUCACAGAAAAGAGGCAAGUUAUUCAUAAAAGACAUUUUGACGAAUUAGCUACCAAAGAUUAUAGAUUCGAAAACUCUGAAGGGAAAUUCAAAGUUAAUGUUUUUUAUGAUGUGAUUGAUCGAGUUAAUGGGCAGUUAUUGCAAAGGGAAACUUUCAAAAAGAAACUGACGGAAAUGCCAGUGAAGCGUUCAGGGGAUGGAGUUGAAAACGAAGACGACGAAAAACCUACUUGGCAAUAUUUUGACUCACUUCUAUUUUUAAAAGACCAGUGUGUGCCACGACAUUCAACUGGCAAUUUUGAUAUGUCCAAUAAUGAAGAUACUGAAGAGACAUGUGAAGUGAAUAGCAUGGACGAGGUUGGAAGCGACAUUGAUUCAGAGCCUCCUACACCAACGACGGGCUCAUCAACCCCACAACAUAAAACUUCAGCCGCUCCAGUACUUCAAAAACAAAAAAUGCGAAAAACAGCUAAAACAACCGAUGCUGUUGGGGAAGCAUUACUAAAGGCAGAACAAGAAAAAAUUGCAUACCUAAAAAGAAAAGAGGAGAACAGAAGCAAAAGAGAAGAAAAGGUAGUGGACGAAGACGAAGCAUUUUUUCAGAGCAUACUUCCACACGUCAGGGCAAUGAACCCAAAACAAAAAAUGAGAUUCCGCAUACAAGUUUUGCAGCUGGUAGACAAUGAAAUUCCUACACAACCAUCAAGACAGUAUGUUCAACAAAGAUCUCCAUUUACUCAUUAUGGUAGAAGUUCCCAAAGUGAAAGUGUCACCCCGGGGGAGAGGGAGAGGGAGAGGGAGAGGGAGAGGGAGAGGGAGAGGGAGAGGGAGAGGGAGAGGGAGAGGGAGAGGGAGAGGGAGAGGGAGAGGGAGAGGGAGAGGGAGAGGGAGAGGGAGAGGGAGAGGGAGAGGGAGAGGGAGAGGGAGAGGGAGAGGGAGAGGGAGAGGGAGAGGGAGAGGGAGAGGGAGAGGGAGAGGGAGAGGGAGAGGGAGAGGGAGAGGGAGAGGGAGAGGGAGAGGGAGAGGGAGAGGGAGAGGGAGAGGGAGAGGGAGAGGGAGAGGGAGAGGGAGAGGGAGAGGGAGAGGGAGAGGGAGAGGGAGAGGGAGAGGGAGAGGGAGAGGGAGAGGGAGAGGGAGAGGGAGAGGGAGAGGGAGAGGGAGAGGGAGAGGGAGAGGGAGAGGGAGAGGGAGAGGGAGAGGGAGAGGGAGAGGGAGAGGGAGAGGGAGAGGGAGAGGGAGAGGGAGAGGGAGAGGGAGAGGGAGAGGGAGAGGGAGAGGGAGAGGGAGAGGGAGAGGGAGAGGGAGAGGGAGAGGGAGAGGGAGAGGGGAGAGGGAGAGGGAGAGGGAGAGGGAGAGGGAGAGGGAGAGGGAGAGGGAGAGGGAGAGGGAGAGGGAGAGGGAGAGGGAGAGGGAGAGGGAGAGGGAGAGGGAGAGGGAGAGGAAGAAUGA